GAAAGACAGGACGGAAGACAGCAGACAUAAGUUACAAUGUAGUUUAUGCAGCGUUUUGCAACAACUUUAGAUUGGUGUGUUAGUAUUUAGGUUAUUUUCUUUUAACUAGGCUACUGGGCGUAUUCCUUCAACAAUUAUUACAUUUUAGUUUGCUCAGUAGGUAACAGUAACGUUUCCGUUAGUUGUGUUGACACAACAGGAAGGAUAGCCGUUUGUAGUGUCGGUGAAACUAACGGACUAUUGUUAGCUAACGUUAACGGUUAGUUUGCUAACGCCUGCUGUCCCACCACCAAGGCCAGGAGUCAAUGCCAGCUGUAAAUUGCUGCUAUUAUAAUUCGUUUUCCCCAAUCCUGAGAUUAGUUAGCUCGUUUUCAGUUUUGUCACGACAACUGUUAGCGACAUUUUCUGUGGCUGGCUGAGCUAGCUUCAAGUUAUCGUUCAGAUAUGGUGGGGAAACGUUAACCUACGUCGUGGUGAAAACUGGUUUACGCAUUUCAAAGUUCAUGUUACCUGUUAUAUUGAAUCAGCUGUGGGAUAACCCAGCUGCUAUGAUGUCUGCGAUACCGCUGCACCUGCCAAGUUGAACGACAUAGGACACAGUGAGGCACCUGGUCCAGCAUGAAGGCCCUCGGAUCCAAAUUGUCCUUCUGUGCAGGUUUCGCGGUGGGAACCUUCACACUGUACGUGUUUUUUCGGCAAGUUUCGUUUGAGAGGACAGUGUCAACACAGAAGGCCAGCAGUUUUGAUAAAGUCCAUGACGACCAGCAGCUUGAGGAAGAGAAGACAAUAUGGAAGAAGGAGAGGUCUGCUCUUUUUAACCUGAAGCACCCGCAUCAUAUAGGGGAAGACAGUGGCAUGGCUGACGAACUAUACAAAAAGGUACGUAUUCUUUGCUGGGUGAUGACUGGACCCAACAACCUAGAGAAGAAGGCUCGGCAUGUAAAGUCCACGUGGAGUCGCCACUGCAAUGUUGUGGUCUUCAUGAGCUCUGUGGAUGACCCUGACUUCCCUACGGUGGGCUUAGGUACAAAGGAGGGUCGGGACCAGCUGUACUGGAAAACGAUCCGGGCUUUCCAUUAUGCCUAUGAACAUCAUGGCAAUGAGGCGGAUUGGUUUCUCAAGGCAGAUGACGACACCUACGUAAUAGUAGACAACCUGCGCUGGGUUCUCUCGAAUCACACGCCGGACGAGCCAAUCUACUUUGGCCGAAGAUUCAAGCCCUACACCAAGCAGGGCUACAUGAGUGGCGGUGCAGGCUAUGUGUUGAGCAAAGAGGCUUUGCGGCGAUUUGUAGAGGGAUUUAAAAACCAACUGUGCACUCACACUACCUCUGUUGAGGACCUGGCAAUGGGGCAGUGCAUGGAGAAAGUUGGGGUGCUGGCAGGGGACUCCAGAGACACUGUGCACAGGGAGACUUUUCACCCGUUUAUCCCAGAGCAGCACCUUACCGCAAAAUUUCCCAAGAGCUUCUGGUAUUGGAGCUACUGCUACUACCCCAUCUCAGAGGGUCCAAACUGUUGCUCAGACGUGUCGGUGUCAUUCCACUACGUAGAUGCUUCACACAUGUACUUAAUGGAGUAUUACACGUAUCACCUGCGUGCCUUUGGCUACAGGUACCGUUACCAGCCACCAACCCCUCUUGGCCACAGUAUUGAGCAGUCAAGUUCCAGCGAUUCUGCAAAAGGAAAAGAAGAGCUGUCUUCUAAGGAGAAAGGGCAAGUAGACGGGAAUGAUCCGUCCAGGACUGACAAGAGACAGGAUGCAGAUCCCCCACCUGCUGCUGGUAAAGAUCCUCCAGCUGCUCCAGCAGGAAAAUAAAAGUAUGGCUGUGGGUGCAUGAAGGGACUUGAGCUUAUUGGGUAGGCUGUAUGUGUAUCUGUGUGUCUGCUUAAUUAUUCUGAUAAUCUUAGCUUGCAUUGCUCACUUUGAUUCAAAAUGUCCCCACAUACAAGCACGUUGGUGAAGGUGAAGGACUUUUACUGAUGUGAAAUAUGACUGCCAGACUCGUCUUAAGGAAAGGAGAAAGAAUGUUACCUUGUUUUUCAGGUUUGUUUUCUUUUACAACCAAACGUAAUUACAAGUCAGGAAAAGUUGUCUGUGGGCUGCAUUCAUUUGUAAACUAACUAAAGCACCUUUUUAAUCUUAUGGAUAUGGGAAAUUA